AUGGUGUAUAACAACACGCCGGCGAUCAACGAUCCUCUUACACGUUGGGACCUUUUUGUUACACGUGAUACUACAGAGUUUGACAACCAGUAUGAUUUAACCACCUAUCGGCAAACUGAUGGCGAAUUCUACGUGGGAUUAGAUCCUCCCGACGGGGCAGAACGUCUAGGCAUAUAUUACCCUCGCGCGGGAACUGUCGGCGGAUGCGCUAUGCAUAAUGCUGCUUCCAUCUCACUACCAGCUGAUGUGGACUGGGAUGAUAUCGCCGAACUUACGGGAGAUGACAGUUGGAGGACACCUAAUAUGCGACAAUACCUCGUCAAUCUGGAACGAUGUAACUAUCUUCAGAAUGGAAGCACGCCUGACCAUGGUUUCACUGGAUAUAUCGAUACCUCGGCAGCAGAUCCUUCUUGGGCUUUGAACCGAUCUGAUCUGACCACCCUGGCACAACAGUUUUCUGAUGCCCUAGGGGGACUUGAAACUGGUCUAUCACUAUUUGAACUGCUAAGCAGGGAUAUAAAUGAAAAUUCCCCAGUUCGAGACCAGACAGACGGCGUAUCCACGCCGUAUACUCACUCAAACAACGGAUUGCGGUCUAGCCCUCGGCAGUAUAUUCGAGCUACUAUUGAUGACUCCAGAGGCUUCCCCCUCACGCUCCGCACCGACUCCCUGUUCUCCAAGAAUCAUCAUGGUAAAGACCCUCAAGCCAUCGGAGUCGAGUAUCUCCAAGGGAAGAGCAUGUACUCUGCUGAUCUUCGCUAUGAUCCAGAGGCUAGGGGUGUUCUCAGAAAAGCCUAUGCUUCAAGGGAAGUUAUCCUUGCUGGUGGUGUUUAUAAUACGCCGCAGAUCCUCAAAUUGAGUGGCAUUGGUCCCAAGGAUGAGCUGAAUAAGUUUGAUAUCCCGAUUGUAAAGGAGCUACCCGGUGUCGGUGUCAACAUGAAAGACAACCUCGAAAUUGUUAUAUAUGGCACGUUCGAGAAAGCAGUCACCGGGUUCUGGGACAUGUUUCUCACGACAGCUGUUGCCCUACGCACACGCGAUAUUCACUUCUAUUGCGGCAGCAUGAACUUCGUUGGAUUCUUUCCCGGUAUGCCAGGUUGGAAUGAAAAUGAGUUCGAGUGUGGUUUUAUGCAACUUCAUCCUCGCAAUAUCAACGGCAAGGUAAAACUUCGAUCUAAGGAUCCGCGAGACGUCCCCGAGAUCCAUCUCGGAUUCUUUCAAGCUGGCAAUGACGAUGACCUUGAGUCUAUGGUCCAGGCUAUUAACUUUGUACGACCAAUCUUCAACAACUUGACGGAUAACGCCUUUACUGAGCAUAUCCCUUGUCCUGCAAGUGUCGAAUGUACAGAUGAUUACCAGAGGCAUUUCCAUCGUGCCCAGGCUCACGGGCAUCAUGUUGCCGGUACUGCUGCUAUUGGAGCUGAUGAUGACCCGCUUGCUGUCUUGGACUCUAAGUUUCGUGUGAGAGGUGUUUGUGGCCUUCGUGUUGUCGACGGCUCCGCCUGGCCCAUUAUGCCGGGUGAAUUGCCGACUCUACCUACGCUUAUGCUAAGUGAGAAAGCAACGGCAGACAUUUUGGCUGAAAUCUGCAGAAACUAG